AUGCCUGUUCCCUCACCAAGAUGCACGGUCGCUGCCACAUUCUGCGGUGCCCCCGAUCAUCAACUUCCUUGGUGCCGCUUCUUCCGUACCCAAAUUGGCACCUACGACAUGGACGAAGACGAUAUGGUUCCACCACUCCAUAUCCUGGUCAACUGGAAUCGCGCCCUCUUCCCUCGCAACGGCCUACAAAUGUUCACCAAUGCCAUCACUUCAGGAGAACCGGUCCAGAUUGAUGUCGACACCUUCUUCCAAGACCCCAAUCCGGAGCAGACACCCGCCGCCGCCGCAGCUCCGAGCAACAUCCACGCCUUGGCCUUCGACCUCGCUCUCAAGUUCGCCACCAGCUCGUCUACCGGUCGGAAGCGUCCGAGCCAAGAAAACCUGCAAAUCGAGCACAAGCGCCAGAAGGACGAUCGUCCAAGCACUUCCUUCGCGACACCGAGCAAGGAGAAGGCCCCUCGUCCCACUCUGAAGGAACGUGACCACCCGAAGGAUUCGCGCCGCCCAGACGACAAGAAGUUCUCGGCUGCUCGUUCGCGACACCGUUCCACGGAUCGCAAG